AUAUGACAAGUACUCACACUGCUCGUGGACGCCUCUCUCUCACGUUUUCAAUGGCGAAAAUGCCAUCAUGAAGUGGACGGCUGUCAGUGCUCGAACAUUGAAGAGAAACAGCACAUCUUUUCCUUGUCAUUCUGAUAUACCUUUGUGGCAUUUUUGUCUCGUUAAAGUUUCUCUCUCCUGUCGCCCACAACCAUGGAGCCCCUUUAUUUAACGAAUCCGCCGUCGGUCUCUGUCUCCUUGACCUCCACUACUCAUACCAUCUUGAGCAAUCACCACCACCUUCAAGCUACAACCUUCAUCCUCCUCCUCUCCCCCACACGACUCGCAGACCCACCAAAGCCCACAAAAUUUCCCUCCUUCUCCUGAUUUGUUUCUCUUGUUCCAGACCGCCAUCACCAUCUUUAAUCCCUAAACGCUCCCUCUCUGUCUCUCUAGCGAAACCAUAAAUCCCUGGGAAAAAUUUCCUCUUUUUCAUUUAUCCUCAUCUGUUCCAUCUUUGCCAGACCAACACCACGAUGAAUUCCUGAGGCUCUCUUUUUCUGUGAGUGUGUUGUGUGUGUGUGUAAAACCCCCAAGACCCGCUGCUUACAAAUCCUCUGACGCCUCAUUCUUCCUUUUAAACCCCCAAUGGGCUUCUUGGUGCUCGCGUUCUUCGGUAUCUCACUUCUGGUGGUGCCGUCGCCGUUGGUGGUGGCCGAUCCUGACGACCAGGCCUGCCUGUCCAACCUUCGGCAAAGCCUGCAGGACCCCACCGGGAAGCUCGCCCACUGGACAAAGGAGAACCUCGCCGCCCCCUGCCGCGGCGUCAUCUCCGACCUCGAGGGCGUCACCUGCAAUAACGACCGCAUCUACAAGCUCUCCCUCGUCGGCUUCUCCCUCCGAGGCUCCCUCUCCCCUUUCCUCUCAAAUUGCUCCAACCUCCAGACCCUCGACCUCUCUUACAACCAGAUCUCCGGCCCCAUCCCUGCCGAGCUCCAAUCCCUCGUCAACCUCGCCGUCCUCAACCUAUCCGCAAAUAGCCUCACCGGCCCUAUACCUCCUCAGCUUGCCCUCUGCACCUACCUCAAUAUCAUCGACCUCCACCGCAACCAGCUCACUGGCCCCAUCCCCCAGCAGCUCGGCUACCUCGUCCGCCUCUCCGCCUUCGACGUCUCGGACAACCAUCUCUCCGGCCCCAUUCCUCCGCUUCUCGCCAACCGCAGCGGGAACCUGCCCAGGUUCAACUCCUCCUCCUUCGCCGGUAACAAGGAUCUCUACGGGUACCCGCUGCCGCCUAUGAGGAGCAAGAGCCUCUCUGUGAUUGCCAUUGUUGGGAUUGGUUUGGGGAGUGGGCUGUUAAGCUUGGUGAUAAGCUUCACGGCGGUGUGCGUCUGGUUGAGGGUCACGGAACAAGGGAUGGCCGCUGAGGAGGGCAAGGUCGGCCAAUUGAUGCCUGACUAUUGAGUUGUCAAAUAAAUCAAACGAAAGAUGAAGCUGUAGAGGUUGAAUCCAGUUUUAUGACAUGGCCCCAUUUGAUGAGGUGUGGGGUGUAUGAACCAUGUCUUCUUUUUUCCUUCAGUUGACAAUGAUGACAGGGUUAAGACAGAGCGUGGCGACGCAUGUGGCCCUUGUGGGUACCCGCGCGUGCAGGCAUAUGUGGUUCUGUCUGGUUCCCCUGUUGGUAUUGUGAUUAUAAUCAUUUCCGUUCAUUUUAUAUGGUGGUAUAUUGCUUGCUUACCCUUCCAGUGCUUUGGUUCUGUAAGUAUUGAAAUCAGCAUGCCUAUAUUGAUUAACCUUUUGCCUUUUGAAUCUUGUAAAAGGCGUCCUUGAGUGGGAGGGAUAUUUUUGUGCUGAGCGCACACAGGAAUACUGACAUGGCCCACGAGGGCCCAAAUGGGUCCGGUCAGAUUGUGUCUAAGUUGGCUUUAGGGGUUGGAUCUCAACCUGGCCGCCGAAUGUAUUGCAUGGUUUUCAAUCGCCCGUGACUGCAGUAUCAUAUGAACAUGCGGAUCAAAUUUUACUUUUUUGUUUU